AUGGCGAAGCCACUCCAUCGACACCAGUCAUCUCUUGAGGGAUUCGUUAAUUUCUCGUCUAGCACUCCUUUACAGGAUACCGAGCGACUUCAAGCGAGGACUCUGUUAUAUAAGAUCGUCCAACACUACGAGAACCAAUCAAACAUUACGACAAAUAGUCCAUAUAACCGACCGAAACUCUUGCGCUUGACAUUCGAAUAUGCGACUACAGAAGAGUCCAAAGACAAUGUUCUGCGCGCUUUUUUUAACUCUAUCGGCUUGUCAAUGACAGGAGAUGUUGACUUAUCAUGCAAAAAAACAGAGGCAAAUGUUUGGUUUAGCAUAAAGGGGUUUGCUGAUUCUCUAAUUGAUAACUUUUUCUUGCCUCUGAAGGCGUCUACCAGAAGAGCCCCUCAAUACUCACCCGCGUAUCACUCAGCCGUUAAACGGUCGAGAACUGCAGAGCCAUCUCUCACAGGGACAUCAGGCCGAUUGAAAACCCUUCGCGGCGACUGUCUCGUGCGCGACAGGCAUCGAUGCGUAAUCUCCGGCAAAUUUGACCAAGAACAAGCUGUGAAACGAGUGCACGAAUGCGGUGACAAUGCUGUUGAUGACCAUGGUAGCCUACUCUUCGGAGAGACUUUUGACAUCCUUGAAGUCGCUCAUAUUUUGCCGCAUUCUUUGACGCAAUGUAACUCAGACUCGGAACUUGAUAAAUCUCGAAUAGCGGCACUUGAGAUUCUUAACAUGUUCGAUAACGACGUGGUCCCUUUGAUUGAAGGCCCGGAGAUCGACCGACCACGCAAUGCCCUUACGCUCACGUCUAGUCUCCAUUUCUUUUUCAGCGGCUUUGAGAUAUUUUUUGAACCAUUAAAAGAUAUGCCGAAUACUUAUAAGAUUGAUACGUUUCUUCCAUACGCCGCGCUAAAUAAUUUACUGCCCAAAACACGCACACUCUUCGUUACUGAACAGCGCACAAUUGAUCCUCCGUCUGCACGCCCCCUUGCGAUCCAUCGGGCCAUCGCCCAUAUUCUUCAUCUCUCCGCAGCAGGACUCUACAUCAGGCGAAUUCUUCAGGAUGCAGAGGAUCAGAAUGUACAAGCAGAUGGGUCAACCGCCCUCGACAAAUUAGUGCAGCUAAGAAUGGCUGGAUGGGUGUGA